AAAGGAAUUAGUAGAGAUGAAGAGACAAGAAGUAGAAGAAGAAGAAGAAUAAGACACAGAGAGAGAGAGAGAGAGAGAGAGAGAGGGGAAAGAGUAGGGAGAAGAGAGAAAGCUCGUUGGAGAGCUCAAGCGUCCGUGUUUUAUCCAAUCGGAUUACCAGAUUCCAGUGAUCGAUCGGUCCAGCAGCCACGCCUCGUAUAAUAAAACCCUAAUUUCAUUUCCAAGUAGCCCUACCGUUCUCUCUUCUCUCUCAAAAUUUUGAUCCUUCUUUCCUUCCUUUAGGUUUUUUUUUUUUUUUGGGGGGGGGGGGGGGGGGGGGGGUGGUUUAAUUCUGUCGAUCGGCUUUGGGAAACGUAAUUGGCUUAUUAUUUUUCGAAACCCUAAUUACGAUACCUAAGUUUUGAUGGCAGCCACUGCGAAUCACUCAAGUUCAGGCACAGACGAUGCCGCCGCCGCUCUCAACAGCCCUCAAUCAAAGCGAGGCGUGGCGGCAGCGGCGACGCGUAGUGUAGCGUCGCCGCGGACACAGGUCGUUCGGGGCGCCGAAUCCGAAUCGAUCGUCUCCUCCUCUUCCUCCUCCUCCUCCUCCGGCGCGGGAGUGGCUGGGAUGGCUCCUUCGUCGGAGUCGGCGGCGAUGGAUUCCUCUUCUUUGUCCUUGUCUUUGCGGAAUGAUUCUGUCGCGGAUGGUCAGCUGGAGUCUUCCGACAAUGGUGCUGGGAAUGGCAAUGCGGCUAAAAAGCCAGCUUGGAACAAACCUUCUAACGGUGCUUCCGAGGUUGGACCAGUCAUGGGGGCCGCUUCUUGGCCCGCCCUCUCUGAGUCUACGAGGGUUUCUCCAAAACCGUCUUCGUCUGAUUCUGUGAAAUCUCUCUCUGAUGGAUCGACCUCCGCGUCACAGGGCUCCGGAAGUUCAACUUCUUCCACACAGAAACAGGUCAUCCCAAAUAAUACAAACCAUAUUGUGACUCCAAAUCAUGUAACCCCCCAACGCCAGAAGCCUAUGAAGCGCAGUGGUGGGAAUUCAGGUGGGAGCAUUACCGCUAACGGUGGUUUCACUCAGCCAUUGCUGAGUCCAGUAAAUGAAAUGGCUUCUAAUAACACUGGAAAAUCUGGGUCAGCUGUUUCAGAGCCUCCUUCAAGAGAUCAUGCUCACAAGGAGGGCGGACACAAGGGAGGGUUUGGGUCGCAAUCACAUAGUGGGAGUGAUCAUCCACCACAACGCAACACAUUUAGGAGAGGGAAUGGUGGGCAUCAUGCUCGUGGUGAUGGCUCUUACCAUCAAAAUUAUGGGGGUAGGCGGGAUCAGGACCGUUUGAAUCACGAAUGGAAUUCUCAAGGAGCAUUUGGUGGCAGAGAUGCCCACGUCCAGUCACAAAGAGUUGUCCCUAGGCCUUUCAUCCGACCCCCACCCCCUGGUUCGGCUCAAUUUAUUCCAUCCCCAGUGCCCAUGCGCCCUUUUGGAAGCCCUAUGAUUUAUCAUGAAGGGCAGCAUCCAGUGUUUUAUGUUACAGGUCCACCACCCGAUUCAUAUAGAGCCAUGCCUUUUAUGUCGCCAAUAUCACCCCCUGCAAUGUUUUUCCCUGUCCCAGACCCACAGUUACCUGUUAAGAUAUUGAAUCAGAUAGAUUAUUAUUUCAGUAAUGAGAAUUUAAUUAAAGAUACAUACUUGCGGGAGAAGAUGGAUGACCAAGGCUGGGUUUCCAUUAAAUUAAUAGCAACGUUCAAAAAAGUUUCGCAGUUGACAGACAAUAUCCAGCUUAUAUUGGAUGCGCUGCAUGCAUCAACUGUUGUGGAAGUGCAGGGUGAUAAAGUAAGAAGGCGGAAUGAGUGGUCAAGAUGGCUCAUGCCCCCUUCUGUUCAAGGUCAUGUAGUCUCUGGUCCUCGAUCUUUGGGGACAUCAUCCAGUUCUGACAAGCUUGCUGCUAACAUCCAAGGUGUUUCACUGGAGGAGCAGACAAGCAAACAAGGUGGGGCUGAUGCAUUCCAUGGUAGACUGUCAUCCGGGGAUUUGUGUAGCCCAUCUCAACAAACCAGUGGAGAGAGGACGGGCCAGGCCCGCCGCAACCAUCCCGAGGAAGUGCCUUCACCAAGAAGUUCAAGUCAGUGACAAUUUCUUUCGCCGGGAGUUUUUAAGGGGGGUUGAAGGCACUCUGACAAGCACUAUCUUGCAUAUUUCUUUGGAGAUAAAUGGUCGUCUUCUUGCCAUGGUAGGUUGGGACGUGAAGUUUCAUUAGCCAGAUAGACAAACAGUAUCAGAAAGGGAAAAUAAAAAACUGGAAAAAAAUUUAUAAAAACAAAAUAAGAGAAAUCAUAAAGAGGGCUGAAAAACAAGAGCUGGUAGCAUGAAAUUGUUGGGAUGUAUAUUUGAUUUUUGUGGGAAUGAUGGGCUUUGGUUCUUGUUAUUCAGUGUGACAUGUGUUCCGCUUGUGGUCAA